AUGGGGGAUGUUAUCAGUAAGGCAGCAAAUGGCGCUGGAGGUCUUCUUGGAAAAGCCUUUUCAGCUCCAAUCAAAGCUAUUUUUGGUGGAUCUUGUGAGGGAAUUUGUUCAGGAACAUGGGAUGUAACUUGUUUCAUUGAGCAUCUCUGUGUCUCCAAUCUGGCAAAAUUGUUGAUGGUUUUGGGGCUUUGCUAUAUAACUUUAUUGUUCUUCUACCUCUUGUUCAAGUUGGGGAUCUGCCAAUGCAUGGUAAAGAGUCUUUGUAAGAUGUGUUGGGCUGCAUGUGAGACAUACUGGUUCUCCUUGGAAGAUAUUACCUGUUUUUUAUGGCACAAGCUAAAGAAUGUCAAGCGGGUAAAUCGGCGUCGCCACCGUCACCGUCACUUUCGAGAUGUUGAGGGUGGUUAUAGCUCAAGUGGUGGAGCAGGUGAGUCUUUUGGUGAUGACACGAGUUUAAGGAUGAUUAGAAACAAUAAAUUAACGAGGCGUGGAAGAAAGAAUAGAUCACGAAGCUCAGCUAGUUUUUCUAGAGGUGGACAUGUCAAUCAUAGUGGCCGUCACCAUAACCACUUGAGGUUGAAGAGUAAGCAAGUGUCUGUUCAUGUUAAGGGCAGGUCUCACAGAUUAAAGAACUUAAGACAGCUUCAAGCAAGGCAGAUCUUUGCCUGGGAACUAUCUAUGGUCGCCUAUGAUUGCGAUCAGCGUGGGAUGUUGUUGUUCCUGCGAAUCGUUGAUUUUCUGCGUAUGGGCAACGCAUGUGGCAUUGAAUCUAGGAGUGGCGAGUACAACCCUUUCCCUGUAGCUCGGAGGGUGAAUUCCUUCCAAGCUGUUCCGAUGGAUGACGACAUGGAGGGUGGUAAUUUGGGGCCUUACCAGGACAGGCCAAGGACAUUCCCCAACAUGCGCACUAAACCUUACACACCAUUGGUCUUUCGUAUAUUCAUGAGAUUAAAUGUUCGAGUUAUUUUCGUGCUUCUACUCUUGGGCUUUGGUGCUAUUUUUUACAUUGGAGCUAGUACCUCUCCUGUCAUUGUAUUUGUGUUUUCUGUUUGCAUCAUCAGCUUUCUCUUCUCAAUAUAUCUCACCAAGUGGGUACUUAAGAAGGAUGAGGGACCUCCCGAGAUGGUUGAGAUAUCAGAUGCUAUACGUGAUGGAGCUGAAGGUUUCUUUAGGACACAGUACGGGUCUAUCUCUAGGAUGGCAUUCUUACUCGCGUUUGUGAUCCUUGUCAUAUAUCUAUUUCGUAGUACAACUCCCCAACAAGAAUCUUCUGGCUUAGGGAGGUCAACAUCUGCAUAUAUUACUGUUGCCGCUUUUCUCCUAGGGGCUCUAUGUUCUGGUAUUGCUGGUUAUGUUGGGAUGUGGGUGUCAGUACGUGCUAAUGUUCGAGUUUCAAGUGCUGCAAGACGAUCAGCCAGAGAGGCAUUGCAGAUAGCUGUUCGGGCUGGUGGUUUCUCUGCAAUAGUAGUUGUUGGUAUGGCUGUAAUUGGUGUCGCCAUCCUAUACUCCACAUUUUAUGUUUGGCUGGGGGUGGAUUCACCUGGUUCAAUGAAGGUUACUGAUUUGCCUCUUCUUCUGGUGGGAUAUGGUUUUGGAGCUUCAUUUGUUGCCCUUUUUGCUCAGUUGGGUGGUGGAAUUUACACAAAAGCAGCUGACGUUGGAGCUGACCUUGUUGGCAAAGUGGAGCAGGGGAUACCUGAAGAUGAUCCUCGUAAUCCUGCUGUCAUUGCGGAUCUGGUUGGAGACAAUGUGGGUGAUUGUGCAGCUAGAGGUGCUGAUUUGUUUGAAAGUAUUGCAGCAGAAAUUAUCAGUGCUAUGAUACUUGGAGGAACAAUGGCUCAGCGUUGCAAAAUCGAAGAUCCAUCCGGAUUCAUUUUGUUUCCUCUUGUUGUUCACUCAUUUGACCUGGUGAUAUCAUCCAUUGGAAUAAUUUCAAUACGGGGCACACGCGACACCGGUAUAAUUGCUGCUAUGGAAGAUCCAAUGACGAUUCUUCAGAAAGGAUAUUCUGUUACAAUAUUUCUAGCUGUUGUGACAUUUGGUGUGUCUACGCGAUGGAUGCUAUACACCGAACAAGCGCCUUCUGCCUGGUUGAACUUCGCUUUAUGUGGUUUGGUUGGAAUCAUGACAGCGUAUGCUUUCGUCUGGAUCACCAAGUACUACACCGACUACAAACACGAGCCUGUACGCACAUUAGCUCUUUCUAGCUCCACAGGACAUGGGACUAACAUUAUUGCUGGCAUCAGUUUGGGUCUGGAGUCCACUGCUCUUCCUGUCCUUGUCAUAAGCAUAGCUAUUGUUUCAGCUUUCUGGCUGGGUAAUACUUCAGGAUUGGUUGAUGAAACUGGAAAUCCAACUGGUGGGUUGUUUGGCACAGCUGUAGCUACCAUGGGAAUGCUUAGCACUGCAGCUUAUGUUCUCACCAUGGAUAUGUUUGGUCCAAUAGCUGAUAAUGCCGGUGGAAUUGUUGAGAUGAGUCAGCAGCCUGAAAGUGUUCGGGAGAUUACUGAUGUUCUUGAUGCUGUUGGGAAUACAACAAAAGCUACCACUAAAGGAUUUGCCAUCGGAUCUGCUGCACUUGCAUCUUUCCUUCUGUUCAGUGCUUAUAUGGAUGAGGUAGCUGCAUUUGCUCAAGCGCCAUUUCACCAGGUUGACAUUGCCAUUCCUGAAGUAUUUGUAGGUGGAUUGUUGGGCUCUAUGCUAAUAUACCUAUUUAGUGCAUGGGCCUGUGCUGCAGUUGGUCGAACUGCUCAAGAGGUGGUUAAGGAAGUAAGAAGACAGUUUAUUGAGAGACCUGGUAUCAUGGACUACAAGGAAAAACCAGAUUAUGGUCGAUGUGUAGCCAUUGUCGCUUCUGCAUCUUUGAGGGAGAUGAUAAAACCUGGAGCUUUGGCUAUCAUAUCACCUAUAGUUGUUGGUAUUGUGUUCCGGAUUUUGGGAUACUACGUGGGGCAUCCUCUACUUGGGGCUAAAGUUGUGGCUGCCAUGUUGAUGUUUGCAACUGUCUCUGGUAUUCUUAUGGCUCUUUUCCUGAACACCGCUGGUGGUGCUUGGGAUAAUGCGAAGAAGUACAUAGAGACAGGGGCUCUUGGAGGCAAAGGGAGUGACUGUCACAAAGCAGCAAUUACCGGUGACACUGUAGGAGACCCAUUCAAAGACACAGCAGGACCUUCUCUCCAUGUUCUAAUCAAAAUGCUUGCAACUAUAACGCUCGUCAUGGCUCCUGUUUUCCUGGAAGCAGGCGGUUUUCCUCAAUGGAUGAGUUCAGUUCAGUUCAGCUCACGAAAAAGAAAAAGCCAUGUCCUAAUCCAGGAUUUCGUUAGGAGCUUGGCUUUUCCUUCAAUACGGACAUCAAUGGAAAAGCCUGCCACUCCAAACCAAUCUCAAAUAUCAUCAGCUUCAGAGGAAAGGAAUGGCAACACACAGAAGAGAAAGAGGCUACCAAACGCGAGAGAGCUGAUAGCUCACUACGAGUCUCAGGGCAUGGAAACCCAAGAAGCUUCCGUCAAAGUCAUCGAAGAUCUCCAGAACGUGCUCUUCAGGGUAGUCACCUCCAACAGAGGAGGCAAAAACAACGGCGGCAACGGCAACAAAAAGGGCAAUUCCAUGGCCGAAAUCUCCAGGAAAUUGGAUGUAAUUAACGCUCGCCUGGUGAAUCUUGAGAUGAAAGUUGACUCCAAGCCUGGGUACCCCGAAAGCCUCGCGAUCGGAGUCGCUUCCGGUGCUGUUCUUCGCGGGAUUGGGGGUGUUCUUCCUCAUGUGGCUGGGGCUUUUGGACAGAUUUGGAAUGCUGUUCGCUCCGCUACGAAGAUUAACCCCUCUUCUUCUUCUUGAACUAUCGAUCGAUCUAUCAAUGAAAUGGUAUCUGCUUUAAUUUCUCUCUGUUCAGAUUGCUUUUUGCUCC